GAUAUUGAUAAUUUAGUCCGCUCGGCUUCUGUUUGUGCGUCAGGAAAUAGGCAUUCGCUUAGGAAAACCUAAGCAACCUUGACUUCCCAACAGAACUCUCUCUCUCCACAUUAGUCAUGACACAGCAGCUGGGUUUACUUAUAUGGAUAUUACUGUGUGAUUGGUUCAAGAGGCCGUUUCUUCAGUUUAUCCAAGUGGUACUGGAACACGCACUAUGGCGCCCCCCAAACCGAAAAUGAUCCGUGCCGCUGAGAUCGUGGACGAUCCGGAUAUGGUCGCCCCGCUGCCCUACCUCAAUUUCCUUCGUUACCUAAAGCGGAAGUUCUUUCCCAGCUACGAUCUGCGCCGCUUACUCCAGGUGGGCCUCGUCCAUUGGAACGCGCUGAGCGAUGCCAAAAAGAGGUUGUUCGAGCCAGAACUCACUUUGCUCCAAUCCUCCAGCGCAUUCUGGCCCGUGUGGAUCGCAGGCGAAGGACUACUCGGCAGCGCCGAUUGCUGCGCCGUAGUCUAAAGGGUCAGAAAAAAAGAGGUACUGCUGUGCGACGCCCCAUCUACGAUAAGCGUCCUGCGACGCGCCGCCGCCGCCGCAGACCCAAGUAGAGAGUUCUGAACAUCUGGAAGUUGUUGCGUUUGUUUACCCGAAGCUCAGCAAAGAAACACCAUCGAAUCCGUCAAAUGCCCAACUGCUUUUCCUCUCUUUUCAGUCCACACUAGCACCUUUCCCUAUCCGUUGGUUUUUUGACAGCGAUGUCCUCUAUUUGUAGCAAGCUGGUCAUGCAAAACAUAAUCCUACUUGCCCUCUGGAAACCAGCUUGUUUUAACAUAUUGCCUUGCGUAAUCAAAACUCUGUCGCGUGGGAUGCUGGAUAUAUGUAAACACAUACUCUGAAAUCACUUUCUCUUUUUUUCCACUGCCUUUGGGACCGUGUUGCAUUUGGCCCGGUGAAGAGGAGCAUUUCAAGUGCGGUUCCCUGAAAUGUGAACGCUAUGCUCUUCUCAGACCUUUUGGCAUUUGCUGUUGUCGAUUUACUCGAAGAAUUUGUCAGUUAAAUACAUGUAUAGAUUAAUUUCAAA